AUGGGGCUCGGCGAGGGACAAGGUGUCCGUGCCAGCGUGCUUUCGCCGCUAACGGCCUCGUCGCGUCCGGCGGCUUCUCCAUGUAAGCUUGGCGGCGACGGCGUCGCCAGAUCAACUGCGGCGACGCCGGCGGCCGUGGCUAGGGCGAGACGCCCUUCACCGACCGGAGCACACCGUAACGUGAGCUUCACGUCCAUCAACGCCGAGACCAAGUCGGUGGCUGCGGAGUUCGCCGCCGUCAUAGACUCCGGCACGUCCUACACGUACCUCAGCGACCCGGAGUACACGGAGCUCGCCACCAACUUCAACUCGCUGGUCGCGAGAGGAGAGCCAAUUUCAGCAGGCGGCUCUAUGACCUUUUCCCUUUGA